UAUUGAAAUAAUAUUAAUAAAUUCGUGAUCAACAUUCUAUAUAAUUCUAUAUUCAUAGUUAUAAUUUCAACAUUAUAGAAUCAUAAAAAAAGUAUUUUAAUUGAUAAUAUUUUACCAACGUUUAAGUAACUCCUUCAAAAAAUAUAUUUAAAAUGUUGGAUUCACAAGAUGCCAACAGGCCUGAACUUCUCGAAGAAGUACGAUUGUUUCGUAAUGCUCGAGAACGUGAAAAAUAUGAUAAUAUGGCAGAUUUUUAUGCAUUAGUAAAUACACUUCAACAUUUAGAAAAAGCUUACAUUCGCGAUUGUGUCACGCCUAAAGAGUAUACAGCUGCUUGCAGUAAACUUCUUGUUCAAUGCAAAGCUUCAUUUAAACAGAUACAAGGUGAUGAUUUUCCAACAGUUGAAUCAUUUGUUAAAAAAUAUAAACUAGAUUGUCCAGCUGCGCUUGAACGUAUCAAAGAAGAUCGACCAAUUACUAUAAAAGAUGAUAAAGGAAACACAAGUAAAUGUAUUGCUGAUAUUGUUUCCUUGUUCAUUACAAUUAUGGACAAAUUAAGAUUAGAUAUUAAGGCUAUGGAUGAACUUCAACCAGAUCUUAGAGAUUUAAUGGAUACAAUGAAUCGAUUAAGUAUGCUGCCAGCAGAUUUCGAAGGAAAACAAAAAGUAUCUGAUUGGCUUGCUUCUUUAUCAUCUAUGAAUGCAUCUGAUGAGUUAAAUGAAACUCAAGUGAGACAGUUAAUUUUUGAUCUCGAGUCAUCAUAUAAUGCAUUUAAUAAAUUACUUCAUCAGUCUACAUAAUAUAAAUAAAAUAUUUAUUGAAAAUACUUUUAUUAUAUAAUUUUAUUUUAACUAAUAUAACUAUUUUUUUUUUUCACAAGUAAUAACUUGGAAGAUUAAUAUUUACAUACUUUAUUAUUAUUAAAAUGUAUUAGAAUAAAAAUAGUUAUAAGAAUAAUAUUUUUAUAAACAUAUAUUGAUACAAAUAAUAUUAGAUUUUUUUUUUUAAUAUGAUUAAAUUUAAAACAGAAAGUAACCCUCUUUUAUUUUAGUUAUAAGAUGAAAAGUAUAAAAAUAUAAAGAACAUCGAAAAUAGUCGAAAUUUUUAUUUUAAAUAUUAAAAUAUCAAGUUAAUGAUUGUUGUGACGAGAUUCAUCAUUAUGUUCAGCUUCUAAAAUAUUAACUGGUGGAGGUGACUCAACAUUGCCAUCAUCGAAAUCAAAACCAUCAUUCAUAACACGUAUGUCUGGAUCUAAUGCUACAGCACCCAUAGGAUUACCCCUCGCAUCUAAUUCUAAAACUGGAUCUGCUGUUGCUUCAGCCAAAUUAGUCACUGAUUUGGAUUUAAGGCACUAAUUUUUUUUAUUAAUAUUAAUGUAAAUAACAAACAUUUUUAUAAAAAAUGUUAAAAAUUACCUGGAAAUCUACAUGACGACUUUUUGCUUCUUCUUUUUCCCAAGACAUAUGUAUAAAUGGUCUUUGCACAUAAUUGUAAAUAACAUCUGCUCGCCCUCCAGCUCUUUUUUUAAUUUUUUCUUUAUAAGUAGGAUAUCCUUCAAUUCCUAAUCUAAUUUUUUUAAGUCCACGUUCUUUCAUUACUUGUUUAGCUACAUCACGAUUUUCUAUGUAUUUGAAAAA